AGAGGCAGAUAGAUGGAGAUGAGAAACAUCCCCAAAAGCAGCAGAAGGUACCAGCUGAAGAACAGCAGUGGCCAGAGAAUAUGCCUGAAUGGGAAGAAAGGAAAUCCCUGCUAGCUCAGAGAAGAGUGGAGUCUAUCAGACUGCUUACAGUGCUGUUAAACCGUGUGAAAGAUUUUGCGCAGUUGGCAAGUCAAAAAGUGGAUCCUUCAUUGGGUGUAAGGAAGGACGAUUCCUUUUCUGAAACAGCAUUAAGAGGCAUACAUCAGGAACUGAUUAACUCCUGCUAUACGCACCAAGAGGUGAAACAUAAGGAAGAGUUUAAGUGCCUGUUAACCCAAAGAGGUAGCAGCUUAUGUAGUGAGGAAGGAGGUGUGAGUAACUUCCAUGCAUCUACAUGUCACAUAGUCAGGACGAUUUUAAAUGAUCGCUCUACAGCCCUGAGUUCUGAUGGACUGCCUGGCAGAGAAGCGUACAACUCCUUUGGCUGUGGAUCUUUACUGAUUACUGUUACACAAGACUGCAGGGUCAUCGAAUCCCUUGAUGGAAGGGACUACCCAACAUUGAAUGUAGUUCACACGCAGACAGUGUCUGAUGAAGAUGGUUGCAAAAAGCAAAAGGUUUACGAGACUGAUGAAUUCAUCCAUUAUUUACUAAACUACUAUCAGACACCACGCUAUGCACGUGUUUGCUUAGAGCCAAAAAUCACUGCGAACAAGUGCUGGUGGAAGAGAGUGGUGUCUGAUGAUGAUAGUGAUUUUGAUAUCAGCUUAAGCAACAAACGUGGUCAGCACUUCAGAGAAGCGAGACCUAUACAAAACCUCAACAAGAGAAAUUGUAGUAGCGAUGAUAAUUAUAGACUGGUGAUCACUGUUGGGGAACUUGAGUCAACAGACACAGUGUUAGAAAACAAGACCUAUGGGGGUAGGUUUGCAGAAAAGUUGCAACUGUUACUCAUGAUAAGGAAUUCAAACAAGAAGAUGGUAGUGAUGAAGGUACCGUACCACACGAGACAUGUAGGUCUGCCUGCAGAUUAA